GGAAGAUGAUUGAGUCGCCAUCUCCAUCGCCAGGGCUCCAUGCAAUCACCACACAGACACCACCACUAACACCACCUCCGAAAUCAUGGCUGAAUGAUUGAGUGAAUGUGAUGGAAUUCAUAACAUUCUCCAGUUAGCUCAUACCUCUCUCUCUGUCUCUUCCAUGAUGUGGGGAUUGCAGCUGCUGCAUUGAUCCUCGCAUGCCUUGCCUCCUCUUCCCCUCCUGCAAGUUGCCAUUGGGAUUCAGAGCAUGUGAGCGUUGAUUGAAUGUGGUGUGGACACCCUCCAGAGCCUUUCUCACAUGCUGCCUGACUCGGCGUUGUAGCUGUUGAUUCUGUUCGGCGAGCUGGAGCAAGUUUCGUGUUGUCUCGAGAUCGGUGGAGGUUGUCUCACCCUGAUGGGAAAGAUUGUUGUUUUGGAGGCGUGUCCCACUCAGGAUUAGGUUCGAUUUCCUUUGAGAGAGGUGAAGCACGGAAAUGAUUCCUUUCACAACAUUGGAUGCCAAUUUGAGGAGUUUGCGUGAGGUUGAUUGGUGGGAAAACUGUGGUAACACGCGUAGGAUAUGGUGGUGAAGAGCUGGACGUCGUGGAAUUUUUGCGGGUGAGGGUGUCAAUGUGGGUGGAGGAUAGCAUUUGAGACGAUGGGUGUGGGUGUUUCGAGGGGAAGGGCGGCCCGGGGCAUUCUGUCGCCAGGAGCUGGCAUCCUGCUUUGCUGUGCGUUGAUCUCAUUUCUGAGCUCCGUGUGUGGAUUCUCUGACCCCAGUGAAGUAAAUGCCUUGAAUACGAUGUUCGUUGACUUUAAUCAAGACCCGAAGCUCACGGGUUGGGAUCGAAAUAAUGGCGAUCCAUGUGGGACCGCUUGGUAUGGCAUUGUAUGCUCGCCUGACAAUUUUGUUGUAUCAAUCAAAAUACCAGGCUUAGGGUUGAAUGGAAAGAUGCAAGUAUGGGUUCUGCAAAAUCUAAGACGUCUUCAAGUUGUUGAUGUAAGCUACAACAAUAUUUCUGGAGACUUGCCUAAACAAUUACCUUCCAGUCUCAACCAAUUAAUCAUGAACAACAAUCUGUUUUCUGGCGGUCUCCCACAGUUCGACCAAAUGCGGUCGUUGGAAGUUAUAAACUUGAGUAAUAACCAAUUGGAUGACAAAUUAGAGUCCCAGCUUUCCACCGCACUGGUGAAACUGCGCAUCUUAGAUCUUUCCAAUAACAAACUCGAAGGUGGUCUCCUUGAUAGCGUUAAGACAAUGACUGCCCUGCAAACGCUAAAUCUACAGAACAACAAAUUGAGUGGCCAACUACCAGCAUCUUUGGUUCAGCUAAAACACUUGCAAACUUUCAGCAAUAUCGAAAACAACAACUUCACAGGUUAUCUUCCAUCGAAUUUUCGCCCCCAAACUUACAAGUAUGGAGGGAACCAGCUAGAGCUUCACGCCCCACCUCCACCCCCAGGCACACCCACCAGAUCUUCUGCAGGAUCAGUAGAGUCUUCUUUCAGCGCCUGGUUCACUAUUACACGGAUUGUUGUAGUUGCUGCAGGUGCUGCGGCAUUGGUGCUCGCACUAUUAUCAAUAUGUUUCUGGUUUUGUAUCUUUAGGAACCGACCUAAUACUUCACCGAAAGAUCCAGAGGCCAAUCGCAGCAUCCAGAGACCGUGGUUCAUUCCUCGCUUUUCCCGACCAAAUACAAGCAGGGAGAAAUCGAAUGGAGUGUUUGAACCAGCUCCUCUUGUCAAGGGAGUAGUUGAGGAGGCUAAAGUAUCGAAAGCCUCACCGUCACUGAAGGCACUGAAGGCUCCUCCAUCCUUCAGAGGUAGUAGUUUACUCCUACCUAGUGCUACGAGUUCCACUGGAAUAACUGAAGAGGUUACCAAAAGCAGCAUUUUGGCUACAGCUUUUUCUGUUGCAGAUCUUCAGGCAGCCACCAACAGUUUCUCCCAAGAUAAUUUGAUCGGGGAAGGGAACAUGGGCGAGGUAUAUCGUGCAGAGUCUCCCGAUGGCCAAUUUCUGGCAGUAAAGAAGCUGAACAGCAACGCCUGCAUGGUGCAGCACGAAGACGACUUCUUGAGGGUUGUGGAAGGCUUGGCUCGCCUUCAACACUCCAGUGCUGUGGCCCUUGUGGGCUAUUGUGCGGAACAUGAUCAGCGGCUCUUGGUGUAUGAGUACUUUGGUCGUGGCUCUCUCCACGACAAGCUCCAUUUUUCCAACGAAAAUUCCAAGGGCUUGUCCUGGAAUGUGCGCAUUAAGAUUGCCUUGGGAUCAGCACGAGCUUUGAAGUAUUUACAUGAAGUUUGUGCACCGCCCGUUGUACACCGCAACUUUAGUUCAGCCAAUAUCUUGUUAGACGAUGAGCUCAACCCCCACAUUUCAGACUGCGGACUGGCUAUACUUGCAUCAUCUGGCUCCGAGAGUGAGGUGUCUGCACAGUUGACGACCUCUUUUGGAUACAGUGCCCCUGAAUACGCCAUGUUUGGAACUUACACUGUGAAGAGUGAUAUUUAUAGCUUCGGCGUUGUGAUGCUAGAGCUUCUCACUGGGCGAAAGCCUUUUGACAGUACACGGCCGAGAUCAGAGCAGUCGUUAGUGCGAUGGGCCACACCCCAACUCCACGACAUCGACGCUCUAGCAAGGAUGGUGGAUCCAGCAUUGAAGGGCAUGUAUCCUGCCAAAUCUCUCUCCCGUUUCGCUGACGUUGUUGCGCUUUGUGUCCAGCCAGAGCCAGAGUUUAGACCCCCCAUGUCAGAAGUGGUGCAAUCACUUGUAAGAUUGAUACAACGAGCAAGUAUGAGUAAGCGCGGUUUGGAGCUUGCCACACAAACCGACACUCCCAACAACGAAUUCUCCGAGAACUCAGUUUAAGACAUAAGUACCCAGCUAGCUUAUCUUAAACUGAUUUCUCAGACAACUUAUGACGUGAGUAGACAUGAUGAGUUUUCUCAAGCUUCGACAACGAAGUCUUCAGUGUUGAAACAUAGCGGUUGCCAUGAGAGGCAACUAAGUACAGUCAAGAUCAAUCGGCUUAUUUUAAAAAAAAAAAAAAAAAAAAAAAAAAAAAAAUCUUAUCUUUCCCAUCAAACUGGUAGGAAAGUGCUCGGGAGAAUUGAUGAAACCCAUGUUCUCGGUGAUUGCCUCAACUCUCAAUGUAUGGUUGUGGUAAUAAACCUGCAGAUGUUAUAUUCCAUUACAUAUUUAAAUAAGUUUGUUGAUGUUCUGCAAAUAUUUUUACUCA